AUGAUGAUGCUAGAAAACCAAACUCCUCAGAAACUCGACAUGGAGCCAGAAAAAACCAAAGGCAAACGAAAAUAUCAGCGCCGAGGAAAACCUCCAUACAGCUACGUCGCCCUCGUCGCCAUCUGCAUCCAAUCUUCUCCUUCGAAAAAACUUCGACUCCGGGAAAUUCUGAAGAACAUCGAGCAAAUGUUCCCCUUUUUUCAGGGCGAUUAUCGCGGCUGGAAAGACUCUGUCCGCCACAAUCUCACGCAAAACGACUGCUUUCGCCAAAUCCUUCGCGAUCCAUCGAAACCGAACGGCAAGGGCAACUUCUGGACCGUCGCCGUCGAGGCUAUUUCUGGAGAAAUGUAUAAACGGCAAAAUACCUCCGUGGCGUACCAAGCUCCUGAAGGAAAGACUUAUGUGGCGGAUCUUCGCCAAGUGUACGAUUUCUUCAGCGGAACUCCUAAGCCUGGCGUCCCUCACGACCCCAGUAAUCCCAUGACCAUCUUCGAAAACGUCAUCUUGCAGGACAUCUCUUCUCCGAAUCCAGCGCUCGAUUUCAAAGGCCAACCGGAUCUUCCUCCAUUCGCUAACCCGCUGCUAAACCCCUUCGCCCUGGCUCAUGCUUACAGACAGCAACAGCAACAUGCUCAAAUUCAGGCUCAACAUCCGGCUUCUCAGACAUCCGGCUUUAUGAUGCCCAUGCCUAGCAAUAACUUUUCCUACGCCAACUCUACUUCUGGCUCGUUGUCAUCCUCCCCAAGCUCGAGUUUUUCCGAAUUCAGCCCCAAACGUCUGAGCCCAUCGUUUCCCCUCUCCCCCGCCGACAUGCUCCGGAACUCGCCGGUACAGGAAGCAAAACAAAACGAAGAAGACAAAGUUUCAUCCUCGAGCAGCAGCGAGCGAGCCGAUUCUCCUACCGGCGUGGUGGAACAUCGACCAAGGAGCAAGCCCACUCUGAAACGAAAACGCUCGCCGGAAGAAGAAAAAGAGCUCCAGGAGCAAAGCGAAAUCAAAAAGUGCAAACAAGAAUUGAAGAAGACGGCGCGGAAAGUCAAUGUCUACAAUCUCGACUCGGGCGUCACUCCUCCAAACGUCGCGCUGCCAAAUGUCAAGCCAAAAGCAGUGAGCACUGGGCACAAGCACUCGAUCCGAUCUAUUCUUAAUCUGGAUCAGUCUGAAGACCUUUCGAACGGACCACCAGUCGUGGAACUCGACGGAAGACGACAACUCUCUCCACCAGUUUCCACUCCGCCAGGCGUCUCUCAGCCAAAUCCUGCCAGCUUUGUCGGAGCCAUGUCCUACUUCCCUUCACAAAUGUCAAUUCCACAGAUGCCCGCGGUACCACUUCCUGACUUUUCUGCUCAGACGAAUGCGAAUCUGCUGUACUCGCCCUGGUAUCCAUCUUCAUUCAUGUCCACUUUGGCGCCCAAAAACCUGUGA